UAGAUAUAAAGACUAGAACUUUAUCGUGCAUCAUUUUGGAAAACGAGGGUUCAUUUCUAUAACAAGUAUAAAUCCAGAUCCAAGUAUAAAUCCAAAUCCAAGUUUAGACACAAAGAACGAGGGGUUUAAAAGGAGUUCGUUGCCUUUCGGUGAUUCAUUUCCAGACGAUCGGUCCACUUGGAAACACGAAAUUUAUUAAUCAUCAAUUAAACACUCUAAUAAUGGUAUAUUUGAAAAAUGACUGACUGACUACGGCUCUGACGCAACAAUAAUCAAUUAAUCCUCGUAAAUAUAAUUAAUAUUAUAGCACUAAUUGUAAAUACUGAUUAAACCCUGAAUAGUAUACACAAAGCUAUACCAAUUUUACUUUGUAGCGGAUUAUCUAUAUGUAUGCAAAGCGUCUACAAGUCUUGAUCAGUAUAGGGGUAUAUCUCAUCUUGAAUUUAAACUUUGAAUGUCAGUCGUACAUCUCGAGCGGUAUUGAACAGACGUAUUUAUAAUAUAACUGCCUUGAAUUAAAAUCGUUCGAUGAGUAAUCUUCACUAAUUAUUUUUGUGAAACUAUUUGAUUUUUCAAUUUUAAUAAUUGUACGCGACGAUCUGAAAGUAUGAUUUUCAUAAUAAUAAUAAUUGAAAGUAAACGAAAUAAUAAUUAUAAUUGAUGUGAUAUAAACAUAAAUAAUAAUUUAUAAAGCGAAAGUUUGAAAGCGAGAGUGUAAUAUAGGUAUAAUUCGACGCAUAGCUGCAUAAAAUAUAUCAUAAGUAAUGCAAGAUGUCUCGUACGUCGAGAAGAAAUUUAGAAGGUGAAGUGCCCGGCGUUUUAGUUCCCGUUGAAAGCAGAGUUCUGACCAGACGAGGAAGGUUGAACCUUUUCACCCAAGCAUUGGACAGACCUCAAGGCUGGAACAGAAAUCCACUGACGGCAUCUUCAAGCACACGCGCCUUGGUACCGGGAGGUGUGACACACCAAGUCCGCAGGGUUAACAUGGAAAUGAAAAAAAGCCAGGAUAAAAAAUGCGAGAAUGUAGAGGUCGUGGAUUUAGAGAACGAGAAACAAGUAAUAUUCGAGCAACCUGACCUUUAUGCGAAGGGAUUUCCAGUGUUUGAAGAGAUUAGAAGACAAGGAAAACUAUGCGACGUCACGCUCAAGGUAGAUGAUCAAAGUUUCAGCGCUCAUAGAAUAGUACUUGCAGCAACAAUACCAUAUUUCAACGCAAUGUUUCUGACCAAUAUGAUCGAAAGCAAACAAAACGAUAUAACAUUACAAGGGAUUGACGCUGUGGCUUUGGAAGCUGCAAUUAAUUUUGCAUACAGCGGUCGAAUCACGCUAACUGAGAGCAACGUGCAAAGUCUUAUGAUGGGUGCGUCUUUUCUUCAUCUACAUGAAGUACGGGAUGCUUGUGCUGAAUUUCUCACAAGAAGAUUUCAUCCACAUAACGCACUUGGAAUUCGACACUUUGCCGAUACCCUUAGUUGUAUGAUUCUCGUAGAAGAAGCUGAUAAAUAUAUUCAACAGUAUUUCCACGAAGUAUCACUGGCUGACGAAUUUUUGGCACAAUCGUUUGCAGAACUAAAAGAGCUAAUUUGCAGAGAUGAACUUCACGUUGUUUCCGAGGAACAGGUAUUUGAAGCUGUUAUGAGAUGGGUCAGACAUGAUAAAAAAAAUAGAACAAAAAACUUACCAGAGCUUCUAGCCUCCGUAAGAUUGCCUCUCCUGACACCACAGUACCUGGCUGAUCAUGUUGCUAAAGAAGAUUUAAUCAGAAGUUGUCAUCAAUGCAGAGAUCUACUUGACGAAGCACGGGAUUAUCAUCUUAUGCCUGAAAGAAGGCAUCUGCUACAAAGUUUUCGAUCUCGCCCAAGGUGUUGUAAUUAUAUUAUGGGACAUAUAUUUGCAGUGGGAGGUCUCACAAAAUCUGGAGACUCUUUAAGCACUGUUGAAGUAUUCGACCCAUUCAUUGGUCGAUGGCAAACAUCAGAGGCUAUGACAAUGCUCAGAAGCCGUGUAGGUGUUGCAGUACACAAGAAUAAAUUGUAUGCCUUUGGGGGCUAUAAUGGUACAGAAAGGCUAUCAACAGUUGAAGUCUAUGAUCCUUGUCAAAGAAGUUGGAAUAAGAUUGGCCCUAUGCAGUGUAAACGAAGUGCUGUUGGAACAACUGCCCUUGGUCAUCACCUUUAUGUAUGUGGCGGCUAUGAUGGGGUGACUUCUUUGAAUACAGUUGAAAGAUACUCACCAAAGACAGACAAAUGGAAAAUGAUUACUUCUAUGAACAAACAUCGCUCUGCUGGUGGAGUGGUUGCGUUCCAAGGCUACGUUUAUGCUCUGGGUGGUCAUGAUGGUUUAUCCAUAUUUGAUUCAGUGGAGCGGUAUGAUCCUUUGACUGAAAUUUGGACUGUAGUCAAGCCAAUGUUGACAAGAAGAUGUAGACUAGGGGUUGCAGCUCUUAAUGGCAAAUUAUAUGUUUGCGGUGGAUAUGAUGGAUCUACAUUUUUAAAGUCCGUGGAGGUCUAUGAUCCUUUCAGUGACACGUGGAAAUUUGUGGCUUCAAUGAAUGUCAUGAGGAGUCGUGUGGCCUUGGUCGCAAAUUUGGGAAAAUUGUGGGCGAUUGGUGGUUAUGACGGAGUUUCAAAUUUGUCAACGGUAGAAGUCUAUGACCCAAAUGCGGAUUCUUGGUCUUUUGUCGCGUCCAUGUGCGCGCACGAAGGUGGCGUGGGGGUUGGAGUAAUCCCUAUCUGUUAACAGUCAAUAAUUUCUAUGCCUUGUUUUUCUGUACCACUCCUGUGGUCAAUAUUGCAAUUUUUAGUCCUAAGAAAAAAAAUCAGCUAGCUGUCGAAGAUGGCUAACUAUUUUAUUUUCAUACUCAAAUCCUAGACCAUCUAGCCGUUAUUCAACCCAGCAAAAAUUCCUAUUUUUUUUAAUCUUCAAAUAAUAUAGAUAAUUACGGGUCUGAUACCACCCAAUGCAUUGUCUUACAAGGCAAUCGGUGGUCACAAUAUUUGACGAGACAGUUUUAAUUUUUAUAGUUUAAGUUCAACGAAAGACUUACUUGCACCAUGCAUAUUGCCUCACCUAUUAGUUAACGAUUAUCUGGUGCCAAUGAAUUUUGAAUAAAUUAAUUUCGUAUAAUUUGACUCCUGCGUUGAAUUGAAUUAGGUAAGAAAUAUUUAUGGUAAGAUUUUUAAUAUCUGAAUAAUAAUAAUUGAGAAUUAAUAUAUGUUAUAAUUUACCUGAGUUAAUCAAAUGGGCAAUGGACUGAUGACUCAACGUGUAUGAGAAAAUUGUGGGCCGUCCUAACAUUACGAAUACCUUAUACUUUUUGUACCCAUAAUGUUAUUUGCUAGUACCUUGUUUUUGUACCUAUUCUAGAAUGUCUCAAUUUUAUUGUUUAUCAAAUCGUAAAUCAUUAUUAUGUGAUUAUUACUGAUAAAUACUGUUGAUCUCA